CUUUUUUUUUUUUCUCUUCCUCUCACUUUAUUUUUAUACAGAUAUGCCUCAAAACGAGCAUAUUGAAGAGCACAUUAAGCGACAUGGUCGUCGUCUCGAUCAUGAGGAGCGCAAGCGUAAGAGAGAAGCCCGUUCUGCUCAUAAGGCCUCCCAAUACGCUCAAAAGGUUCAUGGUCUGAAGGCAAAGAUGUUGAAUAAGAGACGUCAUGCCGAAAAGAUUCAAAUGAAAAAGACAAUUAAGCAACAUGAGGAAAAGAAUGCAAAGUCCAAGUCAGCCGAUGCCAUCCCCGAGGGAGCUGUCCCUACAUAUCUUUUGGAUCGUGAAGGAGAAGAUCGUGCCAAGAUUCUCAGUAACAUGGUGAAACAAAAGCGUAAGGAAAAGGCUGGUAAAUGGGCCGUACCUUUACCUACCGUGCGUGGUAUGGCUGAAGAUGAAAUGUUUAAAGUGGUCAAGACCGGUAAACACAAGACCAAACAAUGGAAACGUUUGGUUACCAAGGCAACCUUUGUUGGUGAAGGUUUUACUCGUAAACCCCCAAAAUACGAGCGUUUUGUUCGUCCCAUGGGUCUUCGUUACAAGAAGGCUCAUGUCACUCAUCCCGAAUUAAAGGCCACCUUUUGUUUACCCAUUAUUGGUGUCAAGAAGAAUCCUCAAUCGCCUCUUUAUACCCAACUUGGUGUCAUUACAAAGGGUACCGUCCUUGAAGUCAAUGUAUCUGAAUUGGGUCUUGUCACCACAGGUGGUAAGGUUGUUUGGGGUAAAUAUGCUCAAGUCACAAACAAUCCUGAAAACGAUGGUUGUAUCAAUGCCGUCUUGCUUGUUUAAAUCUUUUUUAUCUUUUUUUCCCCUCCUUCUCCUCCACCACACUUUCUGUAUAUUUUCUCUCUCUCUCUUAUAAAAAAAAAUAAAUAUUUUUAUUUAUUUGUUGUGUAGUAUUU